AUGGCAGAGGCCAGUGUAUUAUUAGCUCAGGACCAGUUCACGUGUGCAAUCAGUUUGGAUCUUUUAAAGGAUCCUGUAACUAUUCUCUGUGGACACAGUUUCUGUAUGGAUUGUAUCUCAGGCUGCUGGGAUCAAGAUGAUCCAAAGGGAGUCUACAGCUGCCCACAGUGCAGACAGAAUUUUACUCCAAGGCCAGUUCUGGGCAGAAACACAAUACUGGCUGAAGUGGUGGAGAAGCUGAAGCUUCUGGGAAAACAGUCUGCUCCUGCUGCCCACUGCUAUGCUGGACCUGGAGAUGUGGAGUGUGACGUCUGCUCUGGGAGAAAGCGAAAGGCUGUCAAGUCCUGUCUGGUGUGUCUGUCCUCUUACUGUGAAACUCACUUCAGAGCUCACAACGAUGUCAACCCUGGGAAGAAACACAAAGUGAUUGAAGCUGCUGGUAAACUGGAGGAUCUGAUCUGCUCUCAGCAUGAUAAACUGCUGGAGGUCUUCUGUCGCACUGAUCAGACGUGCAUAUGCAUGCUGUGCAUCAUGGAUGAACACAAAGGACAUGACACUAUUUCAGUUGCAGCAGAGCGGACAGAGAAACAGCGAAAAUUCCAUGACGUCAUCAAAGAAAAAGAGACUCACCUACAAGACCUCAGAAAGGCUGUAAAAACUCUUCAGUGUUCUGCUGACGCAGCAGUGGAGAACAGUGAGAGGGUCUUCACAGAGAUGAUCCACUCCAUUGAGAAAAGGCGCUCUGAGGUGAAAAAGCUGAUCAGAGAUCAGGAGAGGGUUGAUGUGAGUCGAGCUGAAGAACUUGUGGAGGCACUGGAGAAGGAGAUCGCUGAGCUGAAGAGGAGAGUUGCUGAGCUGGAGCAGUUCUCACAAAGUGAAAAUAACAUCCGUUUUCUCAAGAGUUUCCAGUCUCUGUGUGCCUCCACUACAUCUGACAAGGCAUCUACAUGCUCAGUGCAUUCAGAUGUGCUUUUUGAGAGUGUGAGUGACAGCCUCACUGUGCUCAAAGAGAAACUGCAGGUUGUGCUCCACCAGGGACUACAGGACAUGACUAAAGCUGGUGAACAAAUCAGCAUUUUCAGACCUUCAGAGCCUGUGACCAGAGAAGAUUUCCUGAAAUAUUCACAUCAGCUGACUUUGGACCCCAACACGGCUCAUAUUCUGCUGAGACUGUCUGAGGGAAACAGAGUUGUAGAAUGUGUUAAUGUGAGUCACUCAUAUCCUGAUCAUCCAGACAGAUUUAAUGAUGUAUAUCAGGUGAUGUGUUCAGAAGCUACAUCUGCCAGGUGCUACUGGGAGGUUGAGUGGUCUGGAAAUGUCCAUAUAGCUGUUUCAUACAAGGGGCUGAAUAGGAAAGGAUAUAAUGAUGAUGUUAAGCUUGGGUCCAAUACAAACUCCUGGGCAUUGAAUUGCUAUGCAUCUGGGUUCUGCUUUUGGCACAAUAAUAAAUUAACUGAUCUCCCUUAUGCUCAGACCACAAUAGGAGUGUAUGUGGAUCACAGGGCAGGAACUCUGAGCUUCUACAGUGUCUCUGCUAACACUAUGACUCUGCUGCACAAAGUAGAGACCACAUUCACUGAGCCAGUGUAUCCUACCUUUUGGGUCUACAAUAUUGGCAACAAAAUCAAAUUGUGUAGGUGAGAACAAAUCAGCACAAAUACACAUUCAUGUCUACUGAAUGCCAAAAAGCUAAUAUAUAGGCCUAUUGUGAACCGUUUCAGAAUUUCAAUAUUUUGCAAUAUUCCGUUUAGAUAAGAGAUUUUUUUAAAUAAUAACAUGACCUUGUAUAUUUUGUUUCUUUGGGGUUUUUGUUUGUUUGUUUGUGGAAUUGCAUGUAGAAUAGGUGUUCAGCAUUUUAUUACUCCCCAUAUAUAUUCUCGGCCAGGCCCUCCAGUGUCAAUAAAAAGUUUAUCACCCAGUGCUGUCAUGCUCUCAGUACUGGUGUCAGCUGCUGUCAUUGGGUCGUCCCUGACCAAUGAAGAGUGGAGAUUGUCCACAUUCCAGGUA